UGGAAGAAAACUCAUCAUCAUCAAUUAUUAUCCUACAUAAUGUUAAAAAAUUAUCAAUCAGCAUCCGAAUGGAAAAUCUAUUUUUAUUAUAUUUUUGAAACAAAUUAAUAUAAAUUGUUUCUUGUGAAAGUUCAGACUACAAGUUCAGAACGAGUUUUUCUUUUUAAAUUUGAUUUAUUUUUGAUCUAUUUUGAAAAAGAUCGAAUCAAAAUCACAUCACAAAAAUGGAAAAUCACGAAUUAAACAUAUUUCGAACAUCGGCCACAAAACGUCCAUCAACAAUCAUACUCGAACGUACAAACAGUUUAUGUACAAAAUCCGAUAAUCAACAACAAUUAUUAAAUGCAUUACGUAAUCGUCAUAUCAUAACAUUUAAAAAAAUUAUAACAAGUUCUGCAGUGGAUGUAAAUUAUUGUUACGAGUAUCCUGAUUAUAAAACAUGUUUAGAAUUAGCAUGUUGUGAACACACACCGGAAUUUGUUGAUUUACUAUUACGCCAUGGUGCAAAUCCAAAUUUAAUAAAUACACAUCAUAAUCGUGCAGCGAUACAUUUUGCAGUGGAACGAGCUGACAGUGAGAUAGUGAAACGUUUAUUACGUGAACCAAAAUUGGAUGUGAAUAUUUUAAGUCAAGGUAAUACUCCUCUGGCGUUAAUUAUCAAACAAAUUGUCGACGAUGAGGAUAAUUUGGAUAAAUAUAUCGAAUGUAUACAGUUAUUAUUAAAAGCGAAUGCUGACGUAAAUAUUCCUGAUGCAAAAGGCGCAACACCUAUUUAUUUAGCAGCGAAAAAUGGCUACAAACAAAUAGUUGCACUCAUUUUGGAACAAUCAAUAAUUAACGUCGAUAUUGACUCGUAUAAAGAUCGUAGCGGUAAAACAGCACGUGAUUUGAUAUUAAAUAAAAAUCUAUACACGAAAACGUUACCCAAGUACAUUGAAAAACGUUCUGAAACAAACAAAUCCAAAUUAUAUAUUUUACUGAGUCAAUGUAACGAAGAAGAUUUUAUUGAACAACUCAAAAAUUACAUCAACACCUCUGGAAGUGAUAUACUUGAUUCUAAUAACGGAUUAUAUACACUGUUACAAUUAGCAUGUGAAAAAGGUUUAGAUAAAUGUGUCGCACGUUUAUUAGUGAAAGGUGCAAAUCCAAAUAUUAGUCAUGCAAAUAAUCUACAAAAACCUAUCGAAAUUGCCUGUUUACAGGGCUAUCAUAUUAUACUAAAAAAAUUAUUAGCACAUUCUGGUAUUAUUGUACCAAGUACAAUUUUGCACACAGUAGUUAAAUAUAUGACAACCACAUCACAGAAUCCAAAAAUUGAUUAUGGUAUAUGUUUAGAUUUAUUAUUACAUGAUUCACGAAUUAAUGUAAAUACGGUAGAUGUAAAAAAUAAUACAGCAUUACAUUAUGCAGCCCGAAAUUCAGAUCAUGAUUCGAUAUUACAGUUAUUACGUGCAGGAGCUUGUGUUUCAAUAUGUAAUACAUUCAAAGAACCGCCUCUAGCUGAUAUACCACCAGCAACGUUACAUUCUUACUUAGAUGAGUGUUUAAAUACGAACGACGAACGUUGUACUGACGAAAAUUAUGAAAUCACCUUCAAUUACGAUUUUCUUGUACCACCAAAUAAUUCGAAUAAUAAAUAUAUCGAUACACAAUGUUCGAUACCAAUCGAUGAUGAAAAUAUUGAAAUGUCACCACCGAAUAAUAACAAUUAUACAAUUCAAAAUAAUCAAUUUUUAGCACCGGAAACCGAUGCAUUGUUAUAUAUGACACAAAAUCCUGAGCUACGUCACUUAUUAAAACAUCCGGUGUUAACAAGCUUUUUAUUUUUAAAAUGGCAACGUAUUAGUUGGUUAUUUUACACAAAUCUUGCGUUUUACGUAACAUUUUGUUUACUUUUAAUAUGUUAUAUAUUAAUCGGUUAUGGACAAUCGUCUGAGGAUCGUCAAGAUGAUCCUUUGGCAAGGGUAUUAAGUGUAUUAUUGUUAAUUGGUUGUAUUGUGUUAAGUUUGCGAGAAUUAUUUCAAUUAUUGGUAUCACCAAAGAUUUAUUUCAUUAAUUAUGAAAAUUGGUUAGAAAUACCAUUGAUCGUUGUUGCAUUUACGAUUGUAUUCCAUGAACCACGAGAACAUAUUCGACAACAAUUAAGUGCAAUUGCAAUUUUAUUAUCGGCAUUAGAAUUGGUUUUAUUAAUUGGACAACAUCCAAGUUUAUCCACGAAUAUUGUUAUGUUAAAAACAGUUUCAUGGAACUUCUUUAAAUUCUUACUUUGGUAUUCAAUUUUGUUAAUUGCAUUCGCUUUGAGUUUUUAUACUCUUUUUAGAGGAAGCCCACAAGAAGAAUCAAAACAAAAUUCAACCACUAAUGGUAAAGAAGAUGAUAAAGAGGGAGAAGAGAACUUUUUCUUAGAUCCAGGAAUGUCGUUAUUUAAAACAAUUGUAAUGUUAACUGGUGAAUUCGAUGCAGCUUCGAUUGAUUUUAAAUCAUUCCCAAUUACAAGUCAUUUAAUUUUUGUUAUGUUCGUAUUUUUGAUUGCAAUUGUUUUAUUUAAUUUAUUAAAUGGUUUGGCUGUAUCCGAUACACAAAUGAUUAAAAAAGAUGCUGAGUUAGUUGGUUAUGUCACUCGAAUCGAAUUAAUAUCUUAUAUUGAAAACAUGAUGUUAGGGGAUGUUCCACCAAUUGGACGAUUGAUUCAAAAAAUAUGCUGUUGUGUGAAUUUUCAAACAAAUUUUUGUAUAAAACCAUUAGCAUCAAAAAUAUGUUUGUUUCCAAACUAUUUACCACAAAAUAAAAUUUCAAUUAAACCAAAUCAAGGUAGAAAAAUAAUUUGUAAAAAUGAGAAAGAUGUACAAGUUUAUACAACAAGUUAUGAAUCAAAAAUAACAUCUUGUUGUCUGAUUAAUUGGUGUAAAGAUAUACAAAUGGAUACACGAGUUGUUAAAGAAGCAAAACGUGUUAUUAAUGAAAAGAAUACAAUUACAGAAUUUGAUGAUUUAAAAAAAUCAUUAUCGUUUGUAUAUAAAAAUAUUUCCGAAUGUGAAACUCAUAUUAAAUUAACGGAUAAACGCUUAGAUGAAAUCUCUGAAAUAUUAUUAAAUAUUACCAAAAUUCUAACUAAUAAUCAACGUAUUAGUGAUGAAUCAUAAUGCAGAUCAAAUGAGAAAAGGUAUCAAUCAAAUUCGCUGAUCUGAAAAUUUGAAUCAAAAUAUAUAAAUAGUUGUGGCGAAAAAAUUGU